AUGGUUGAGGAUGCAAGUUGCUGGGGCUGUAAAGAAUACAACCGGAGAGUAAAGUGGAACACGGGAUUCACCGACAGGAUUGUGGUUGUCGCAAACUGUUUGUGCCAGUAUGAAUGUGGUCCUUGUGACAAGCCAAGCUUUCAACAACUACACUACCGGAAACGGCUGGAUCUCUUGUUUAUGAUGGCGUGGCAACAGGCCGCCUUAUGUUUCACGUGGUACGAUAUUCGAGGUAUUGCAAUAUGUUUUACAGACAGCGAUCUCCGUCAAACUUACUUUCCAUUUGAACCUGAAUUGCACAAACCUUGGCAAAUACACGCAUUUGCAUAUCAAUCUGGGAUCAAUUGGAACACAACUUCAACGAAAAAUCGAGGAUUGCAAACAUUUUCAAAGACUGUAUACCCGCCGCAUGACAUUCUACUUUGUCAGCGUGAAGCACUUUCCAAAGGACUGGAUGACUUUCAACGGCUUUUCCAUUAUUGGUUGAGCUUCUUGAUCUUCUUCAAAAUUAGUCUGCACAAUCCAAGUCCACAAGGCUCUCGCUCAAAAAGAUUCGAUCACGGGGGACACGCGUUUAAACAAAAUUCAGCCGCCGUAUCUGGUUGGUCUCGGUUUGUUAGCACAGAUUAUCCGGUGCUUCAUCGUUUAACACCUAAACAGGAAUUGCAGAGCAGUCAUAUUGAAGCCGGUAUCGAUGUCUACUUCAUGAGCGACCCACACAACGGCUUGGCAAUUUUCGCUUGUUUACCAAGAUGUACAAAUGACAGGUCUCACUCAUUCCUAGACCAAAGACACGUUAUCCUGCCGUUUCCGACUGGGAUGGGAGAUCUGACCACAAGUAUGUUUAAGAUAGGGAGCUGUUACACCGUUUCGGUGCCUAACUGUCAUGAUACCCGAAGACAGCACAAGGGCUGGGAACCUGGCAGUCUGAUCAUGCUUAGACUGGAGAAGUCGAAAUGCAGAGAUGGGGUUCGAACCACGGACCUUCUGCAUCGAUUAGACUUACUAAUGGAACGAAACAUCAAUGAGAAAUUCCCAGACGCCCUCGCACUACGAAUGACUUGCGAAAUACCUGCAUCAAUACGGGCAACAGUGGCGUGGUCGUUAUCUUUCAAUCCUUGGACAAAACUGCCGAUAACUACGUGA